AUGCCUGUAAACCUUGUCCAGGACGGCACGCCGCGCCCGCUGUUACCCGCCAUCGCGAGCAAAUAUCUCGGGCGCAAAUGCCUCGUGCUCGAUCUUGAUGAAACGUUGGUGCACAGUAGUUUAAAGCCUGUACCAGCUCCCGACUACAUUGUCCCCGUUGAGAUCGAGAACAACUGGCACAAUUUCUACGUCCUAAAGCGUCCAGGCGUCGACAACUUUUUGCGGAAGAUGGGUGAGAUAUACGAGGUGGUUGUAUUCACCGCGAGUCUCAGCAAGUAUGCGGACCCGGUGCUCGAUAAGCUUGACCCGGGACGGACGGUAGCCCACCGACUCUUCAGAGAAAGCUGCUUCAACCAUCGUGGUAACUACGUCAAGGACCUGUCACAAUUGGGUCGGCCAGUUGGUGACACUAUAAUUCUAGACAACUCUCCGGCAUCGUACAUCUUCCAUCCGCACAAUGCCGUGCCCGUCUCGUCGUGGUUCAAUGACCCACACGACACGGAACUUACAGACCUCUGUCCCUUCCUGGAGGAUCUCACGAAUGCUCAGGACGUCCGCGGCGUGCUCAAUCCCUUCGUCCAACAUGCCUAG